AUGAAGUCCGCCAUCCUCUUCACCGUUGCUGCCGCCGGCCUCGCCGCCGCCCAAGCAGGUCUCGAAGGCCAACCCGCCUGCGCUACCCCCUGCCUCACCUCCGCCAUCUCCGCCGUCUGCACCCCAGCAACAGACCAGGCCUGCGCCUGCGCCUCCCAGUCAGAGAUCGGCGCCCAGGCCGCGAGCUGCCUGCUGAGCAACUGCAACGCGGGCGACCUCGCCCAGGCCCAGUCCGCCGGCUCCGCCCAGUGCGUCUCCUUCUCGGCCACGGCCUCCGAGACGGGCAGCAGCGGUAGCGCCACCGCCACGGGCACGUCCUCCGGAAACGCCUCCGUCACCUCGUUCACGUCCUCGUCCGCGGGCGCCUCUGCCACCGGCACCAACGCCUCGUCCGCCUCGUCUGGCUCGUCCGAGACCACCGGCACCGAGAGCAGCAGCCGCAGCAGCAGGACGUCCUCAUCUUCGGCCUCGGGGAGCAGCUCGGCUAGCGGGAGCGCCGCGUCUACUUCGUCGACGGCGGCUGCGGCGUUCGCCGGCCCUGCUGUCAGCGGUGGGCUGCUGGGUGGUUUCCUGGCUAUCGUUGGCGCGUUGCUGUAG